UGCAAUUCAGAUUGGGAUGUGUGGCUAUUAGAGAAAAGAGCGAUGAAGAUUCGUGACGAGGUCCAUGAGACAAAUGCUGAAGUUCAUAGAGAAUUAAACAAGGUCGUCAGUAAGAGGGCAAUAGAACCGAAUGAAGAAAGCUUGCGAAAAAAACAAAAACAAUUGGAUGAUCCUUAUAAACAUUUAUCAAAGAACAAGAGGAUGACGAUAAAGAUGUAUAUUCAUUUAAUUAUGAACAAGUCACAAUUGGAUGAUGUAUAUUCAUCUAAUUAUGCGUCAUCUUCCUUUACGAAUAAGUCUUGUUCACAACAAACAUCUGAGCGAGGAAAAACAGAUGAAUAUAUAACUGUGAAGGAACAGGAAAGACGUGAAAAUGAGAGCGAUCAUGAUAAUAAUCAUGUUAAAAAUCUUCUCAACGAACUGCAACAAUGCUCUGAGAAAAUGGCCAGUUUGGUGCGCAGUUUUCAAGUAUACUGUGAUGAUUCCGUUAAUGAAUUAAUUCGGAAUGAAAUUAUGGACCUAACCCCGUCUUCGGAGUUCGUUCUAAGAUAUACAGAUGAGGAUGACUACAUGCAAGUUCUAAAAGAGAUCUUUGAGCCUGUCGAUAAGUUGUUUUCAGAAAGUGCGAUUGAAUUUCUUAAAGAGUUUUUUUCAGAGAAUUGUACCCAUCAACAAUGGGAUAACAGGUUGGAAAAUUUAUUGAAACCGGAAGAGAAUCCAUUUUUAAGAAAGUUUAAGAGAUUUUUAUUUGAGACAUUGCCAGCCUUGCAAAAUUUAUUAACGUUCUUAUUAUCUUUUAGCUUUGAUGUGUAUUCUUUGCUACAUAACAAUCCUCUCAAGAACUAUGAUAUGCUAGAAGAUGAAUUUAUAAAUAUGGGAAACCAAGCUAUUCGAGCAUUUGCAUAUAGAAAGUUGAUAAUGAAACAAGAAGAGAAUGCAGACCGUUCAGAUGGGAUUGUAUACACCACCGCUGAAAAACU